GUUAUGCAAUACAAAAUACAAAUGACAUGAAUGAGGUUAUAGUUUUUAUAUCAACAAUAAAUGUGCAAUGUAUUAAUAUACUAAAAAAAUGAUAACAGCUGAUUCCGUACAAUUGUGGAAUGCUUUGAAAGGUAUAAUUUGUGUAUAUAAACCUGCAGAAGUAUCGGUACGAAAUUUAAGAAAGAAACUUAUACACAAAUUGUGUACAGAUCUAAGUGAAUUAGACGAGAAACUUAGAACGCCAUUAAUUAAUCAACAAAUAACCUCUAAUGUGCCGCUAAUUUCUGAAACUACGAAUCCAACAACAAACGAAACUAGCAUCACACGUAGUUUAAUAGAGAAUGAAGUUGAAGUUGAAGAAAAUCCGACAGUAGAUUUAAGUUACCAUCCCUUAGUAGUUGGACCGAGAUAUUUACACGAAGAUUUAUCCGUAAGUUGGUCAAAUUAUUUAGGAUGGAAUACAAGUGGUGUUCUUAUUUUUGGACUAAGAGCAGGUACUCAGUUUGCGAAAUAUAUUAGAGAAAAUAGAUCUACUAGAGCUUAUAGGAUCAGUGGAACUCUCGGAAAAGCCACAGAUAAUGGUUUCAAAUCAGGAAAAGUUGUGGAAAGAUCGACAUGGAAAUUUAUUAAAGAAUUUCAUAUACAAAAAUUUCUCUCCACUAUGCAAGCUUCUCAUCAACAAAAGAUAUUUGAGAUGUACGGCUUGGAUAUGCAAUCUCAAUUAGCUUAUGAAUUAGCUGUAAAAGGACCCAUCCGACCAGCAAAUUCCAAAAUACCCAUUAUUUAUGGAAUAAAGUGUAUAGAUUUCCAAGCCCCUAAUUUCACUCUCGAAAUUCAGUGUGUAAAUGAAGACGAACAAUUUUUAAUUAAUUUGAUUCACGAAAUAGGAUUGAAAUUGCAUUCUACAGCUCACACAACCGGAAUUAAGUGUAUUAGGCAUAGUUGUUUCAAGUUAGAACACACUUUGUUACCUAAACAUUGGACCCUCGAACAUAUUGUCAAUAAUAUGGAUAUGUGUAAUGAAAUGUUGAGAAAAAAUGAACAAAUACUUAAACAAACUAAUGUAGCAUUGAAUUAAAUAUAUAAUUUUAAUAAUUA